AUGGCUUCGGUAAAACCCAUCUUCACGGCCACCCACCCACGUGCCUGCUCUACAGCUUUUGAAAGGGUUUUCAUGACCCGCAGGGACUCGCUUGAGUGCGUUCAUGAGCCCUUUGGCGAACCUUUUUAUUACGGACCCGAGCGCAUGAGCGAGCGCUGGAUGAACGACAAUGAAUACCGCCUAAAAUCUGGUUACGCCAACACUACCUACAAAGAUGUGCUCGAUACCAUCUUGAAGGUGGCCGAUGAGCAUACCUUCCUAUUACCGCUGCACCGUUCCCCCCUCGACUCCAUUACCAACUUUGACCAUUUCCUCCCCAACGAGGCCGGCUACGACGAGCUGCGUCGCCUCUUUGACUACCUCAUCUCCGAGGGCGUUGUCGAUCGCGACAGCCUAGUCGUCCUCGACGCCGAUGACAUGCUCGACAACCCCGAAGCCGCCAUCCGUGCGUAUUGCGAAAAGGUCGGCAUCGACUUCCGGUCAGACAUGCUCAACUGGAGCCAGGACGACGCCACCCAUGCGUCCGAGGCCUUUGAAAAGUGGAAUGGCUUUCACAAUGAUGCCAUCAAGAGCUCAUCACUAAGACCGCGUUCCCAUGCCCAAAAAUCUUGCACCUCUGAAUCAGAGGAUGAAGAAUGGAAGCAAAAAUACGGUGAAGAUGCCCAGCGCGUCAUUCGCAAGACCGUCGAGGACAACAUCGCCGACUACGAGUAUCUCAAGCAGUUUGCGCUAAAGAUUCCCGCGCGGACCAACUAA